GUCUCCAGCCCGCCAGCACCAAAGCGCAACCCACCGCGAUCAGCAAGUCCCACAGGCCCAGUUCCGGUGUUUUACCCCAGGGUCAUACGCCCGGACCCGGCCCGGGUAGUCAGCAGAACAGCAGAAGCUUUGCCGCCGCCCUGAGGAACCUGGCGAAACAGGCAGGGCCGGCACCUCAGGAAGAAGAACCUCGCGCGAGUCCCAAGAACCGAGCCCCUCCCCCUCUGGUCAGGGGCCCUUCCCCCGCCAAGGAACGGUCCACUCACGAGAGAAGACCCGAAGAGAUUCCCUCGUUGUACACGACCGCAAGACCCGCGGAUACCAGCAAGCAUAGCGUAACCGCCGCAGCUUCCGACUUGCUGGCCUGUUCCGGUUUCCAGCCGUACCGGCCCGAACGGCACCCGGCCCACGCUCCACCGGCCUUUGCCCUGGAUCCUGCGGCCUAUAGUCCCUAUCACCACGGUCUCUACCCACCGCCACACCUCCAACACGCUUAUAGAUUAGAGGAACAGUUGUAUUUGGAACGGUGUGGAAUGCUGAGACCGCCGUUGUUUCCCGGGCUACCCUCGUAUCCCCUGUACGGGCUGAGAUACAGUCCGGACAUGCUACCGCCCGCGUCCCUCGGACUGAUGUCUCCCGUGAUGCACGAACGGCUGAAACUGGAGGAGGAGCAUCGGUUAAGGCAAGCACGGGAGCAAGCCGCGCUGCGGGAGGAGGAGGAGAGGAGAAGAGCGGCACGAACCUCCGCUCCUGCCGCCCCGGUACCCGCACCUGCACCUGCAUCUGCCGAUACUGCAGGUGAGCGAGUCGCUCCACCCCCCACUCUCUCCCACGGAGUCCACGGCUCCUCGAGGAGCAAGGAGCCGCCGGCGAUCGCGACGAGCACCACGGCGAACGCCUCGACGACCACCAGCACGUGCACCACCAGCGCGUCAUCCCCCGCGGUGUCGCAACCGGUCUUCGUCCGGCCGUUCGAGGACUCGUUCCGGUCCUCGUCGAAGCCGCAGCAGAGGCCGCUCGUCAACAGCCACAGUCACAGCAUCUCGAGCCAACUGUCGCACCCGGAGUCGCCCAUCAAAUCGUCCGCGGCCACCACCGUGUCUCCGGCGAUCGUUGGCCAGAUGCUGCCGGACAACUCGAUCGCGGACACCGCGAAGAACGCGGGCAUCCAGCAGUCGCUGUCGCAGCCGAUCCCCUAUCCGCCGCAGCAGUUCCAUCACCCGCAUCUACCCGUCUCCCAUGUACCUGGACUCUACAAGCCGCCGCACUUCUCCGCGCCGCCUCAUCAGCAUCAUCCUCAGAAGAUCAACGUGCCGACGUUGACCAGCAACGGCAGCGGAGGAGGUGGAGGCGGCGUCGGGACGAACGCGACCUCGAAUUGCACGAAGCAGAGCUCCCAUCAUGCCGAGUCGAACGCGACGACCGCGGCAGCAGUGGUGUCUCAACGAACCGACGCGUUAAACGCGAAUUGCCUGUCCAGCGAGAAAGUAUCGGGGAGUCUGAACUACAACGGCAACGCUCUCGUCCAGGGGAACGCGAGCAAGAUCCCGAACCACGCGAAUUCGCAUCAGAAGAACAGCAGCAGCAGCAGCGAGACCGCCACGGCGAUAGCCAAGGAUAGCAAAGCGAAUUCGUACAACGAGAAAGCCGAGAAUCACGCGAAGCAACCGGCACCGACGGCGUGCCAGCAGAAUCAUUUGGGAAAGAACUCGGCCCAAGAGAAACCGUCGAUCCCCCAUUCGACCUACGAACAAGGGAAAGGCGGCCCGCCGGCCGUCUAUCAGCCGGAGAGCCUGAAUCUCGCCGAGAAGGAGAGCAAGCCCGAGAUAGAGUCUAACACGCAGACCGAUCAGAGCAAUGUUUUGUCCACAUUAUCGUUUCAACCGAGUUUUAAGUUCAGCAUAAACGAUAUCGCGCAGAAGCCUAUAGACACCACUCAGCUGAUGCAGAGCAUCAAGUCUGAGGAAGUUUUGCGUACCUGUCAGAACGUGUCGAACGUUCUCCUGCAGAUACCAAAAUACCAGGAGAAACUGUUGAAUUUCUCGAACGAGCUGAAAACCGGCGCAUUUUGUUUCACCGACAAGUGCAAUAAUUUGACUGAGAUUUCCGUGAAGUGCGAGCCACCGGUGUUGAACGUGCCUGACCUGAGCAAGGCUCUAGUCAAACAAGAUGUUUCGAACGACAAGUCGUCUUUUCUUGUACCUGAGAAGCCGAAGGAGCUGACGUCCUCGUUAGAUUUAGCCGAGAAACGACGGAAACGUAAACGAGAGAGGAACUCCGGGCUCGUCUGCAGUUCCGACUCGGAAGGCGAAGACGAGCUCAAAGACGUCGACCUGUGGAUCACGAAAGGUCCGCCGGCCAAGUUACAGUAUUCCGAACAGAAACUCGCCUUCCUGGCUAUGUUCGGCUUGACCACUUUAAGCAUGCGAAACGAGAUGGAGCUUUGCAAAGUGGAGAAAAGGUAUAAAUUGAAUCCCGAUCCACCGGACGCACCUUUGGAAGCGGAACCGAUCGUCGAGUCUGUACUGCCGAUACCACGCGAACAUCCAGACGUGUUGCUUCACACGGCAGACUUCGAGCCGAAAGUUGGUUUCCUCAAGACCAUAGGUCUCGACGUGAUGCCUCCGAAUAGAAGAGACGAAGCAGAGGUGACAUGGCAGUACGUUCUUCAGGACCGUAAGAAAAGGAAGAGUUCGAACACCGUGACGGCGUACUGCGAGAGGAUCGCGAAAGCUUAUUCGAAGAAUCCGCCUGUGUUGCCGAAACCGCCGCAGAAGAUGAGGCUGCUGGACCGGGUGAAAGUGAAGCACGUACCCGAACGGCCGCCGCCUCUUCCGCCGUUGGUUCCGAACAUAGUCCCGAUGUGUUAUCCCGUUUUACCUAUGCCCGGUGAAAAUGGCGUGAAACAGCACUACAAGGUAGUGGACAUAAAGAUCAUGGACGACAGCGCCGACGAGAAUGUCGGCGGGAAGAAAGGCAGACCCAAGUGGACCGGAAUCGAGGACAUUCUGCUAGCUUACAGAGAAUAUUCCAAAGAGAAAAUGCUGGAGAAGAAAAUCUUGACGUGCGAAACAUCGAGACUGGCAGCACAGUCGAACAACUUGCGCUCCGAGACGAUCCAGCUGGAACGAAGGAUAUACGAGCUCCUGUCCGCGAAAACGGCCCUCGACUCGGAGAGGCGAGUGCUCAGCGAAAAGAUUGAAAGGAUCAACGCACUUGUUAGGAACUUUAGGUAGCGACGCGUAACGCACAACACGGAAACUCAUUCAUCUGUGAUAUUAUCAAAGGGUUAAGGGUCGUUAGCAUACAGUACCGAUUACAAAAGAAAACUUUCUAUUCUUAGGCGAGCGACGCGGUUGCGAAGGAAGUUUUAUUGACCAAAUGUACAACAAGCCUUUCGUAUUCUUUGCGAUUAAAAGUAUAUACUCGUUACAGACCGUACAGUAACAUAAUCUAAAACCACUACAAGUAAAAUAGCGAUCGAGGUGACGAGCAAUGAAUCCACCGGGGAAAUCACCUUCAUACUUUUCACUAAACCGAGGUAACCGUUUCAGAAGUCAUUGUGUCCGGGGGAAAGGAAUAAGAUGAUGAAAGAUAAAAAAGAAAAAAAGGCCAUAUCAACCGUACGAGAGAUCACGUGUAAGAUUGUUUGUACAAAAAAAAAAUUAUACUGAAAUCUAUGUACGAGGACGCACUUCUUGGCUAUCCGGAGAAGUGGCUAAUAAAGAUUUUAUAGUUUCAACUAACGGCUCUUAGACCCUGAACUAUAAAUAAUUGUAAUUUGUACCAUAAUAUUUUAAUGAAAAAUAGACAAAUCGUAUAACUUAUUUUAUUCUGCGUAAUGUGGACUUUAUGUGAGAUAAACUCGAAACAAUGGAUAUUGUCGUAAUUUGUACGUGAAUCGAUCGUUGAACCGUUCGACUGAGAGCGAAACGAGAGGGGGAAAAAAAGAAACAAACGAAUACAAGGGGACGAAAGAUUGACAUUCACCGAAUCGGUUCAGUGAUAAUCGAGAAGUUACUCCGACGUAUAGACUGUGACUUUUUUCAUUUUGCAUCAAAAAAAGGGAAAACAAAACGAAAAAGGAAAACGGUGGUGUGUAUGCGAGAGCUCUGUGUCGACGCGAAUCUCGAAGCACAUUCGAACGUGCCACAGAUUGCGAUCACAUGAAUCGGAAUAAAAAAAAAGGGGAAAAAUCGAAGGAGAAGGAGAAGAAGAAGAAAAAAACGGGGGAAGAGAGAGAGAGAGAGAACGAAUCGAAAUUGUAGAACUAGAAUGAUUAUUUUUAACUUAAAAGAUAUUUCGAGAUAGGAAUAACUCUAGUCUACGGACAUUCGUAGAAUACGGGAAACUCACGUCUGACCCCGCGAGGUCAGUUCAGUGACAGAACCUUCCUUUCGAUGUCCACUGUUCACGAUAAUGAACGCAAAGGCCAGUGAAUACACGAAAAGAAAAGAAAAAGAAUUAAUGUAACAACAGCAGUGAGGUACUUACAGUAUAGGUGAAGUGACUUAAUUUAAAAAAAAGGGAAAAAAGGAAAAAAAAUAAAGAAACGUGAGAGAGAGAGAGACAUCGCGCGAGAGCACAUUCCACGUGAAAAUAUGCUUGUCACCCGACCUCCAACAUUCCACACGUUCGAAUCGUAAUCGA